GCUCGCCCACAGCUGAUCAAAGGUUAGGUAACACCCGUUUCCUUGUUCUGAAAAAACAUCGACUUCGCAAUGGCACUGCGUUUCGUGGCAAAAACUUGCAAUACCUUUCUGCAUCAUGGUGGUAGUCGCCUGCCCGCAGCAGCGCCUUGGGUCCGCACACUAACGCAUUACCCGAUAAACGAUGGUCUAUUUGGGCUCGAUGAGGAGCGUCAGAAGCUACGGGAAACUGCCUUCAAUUUCUUCCAGAAGGAACUGGCGCCCCAUGCCAAGGAAAUAGACAAGCUGGAUAGUUUCAAAGAUCUGCGCUCAUUCUGGAAAAAGAUGGGUGAACUGGGUUUCUUGGGCAUAACGGCGGAACCUGAAUUCGGAGGAACUGGUGGCAGCUAUUUGGAUCACUGCAUCAUUAUGGAAGAGAUUUCGCGAGCGGCUGGAGGCGUGGCACUUUCCUAUGGAGCACAUUCCAACCUGUGCAUCAAUCAGCUGACCAAGAACGGCACACCGGAGCAAAAGCAAAAGUAUCUGCCCAAGCUGUGCAGUGGCGAGCAUAUAGGUGGCCUGGCAAUGUCUGAACCUGGCGCAGGCUCAGAUGUCGUCUCAAUGAAGCUGCGGGCAGAACGCAAGGGCGAUUACUACGUGUUGAACGGUACCAAGUUCUGGAUUACCAAUGGAGCCGACGCCGAAACCCUGAUCGUGUAUGCGAAGACAGGCGCAAGUGGUGUCCCGGACAGACAUGCGAUUACCGCCUUCAUCGUAGAGACAGGCUGGGAGGGCUUUAGCGUAGCCCAGAAGCUGGAUAAGCUGGGAAUGCGUGGCAGCAGCACCUGUGAGCUCGUUUUCCAGGAUCUCAAAGUGCCCGCAAAGAAUGUGUUGGGGCAGGAGAACAAGGGCGUCUACGUGCUGAUGUCGGGUCUGGAAUUCGAGCGUUUGGUCCUGGCUGCCGGUCCAGUGGGCCUUAUGCAAGCCGCCUGUGACGUGGCCUUCGACUAUGCCCAUCAGCGCAAGCAAAUGGGCAAACUGAUUGGCGAGUUCCAGCUUAUACAGGGAAAGAUGGCAGAUAUGUACACGACUCUGAGCGCGUGCCGGAGCUACUUGUAUGCUGUAGCAAGAUCCUGCGAUGCUGGCGUCCGAAGCAGCAAAGAUUGUGCCGGCGUCAUCUUGUACUGCGCCGAGAAAGCCACGCAAGUGGCUCUGGACGCCAUACAAAUCCUUGGCGGCAACGGCUACAUCAAUGAGAAUCCAACUGGACGCAUCUUGCGCGAUGCUAAGCUGUAUGAAAUCGGUGCCGGCACCUCGGAAAUCAGACGUUGGCUGAUCGGACGUGAGCUAAAUCAGGAGUACAAGUGAAACGUUUUUAUGCCGUGAGCAUUGACGCAUUUAUGGUGGAGUUAAUUGUGCAUUUUUGUGGAAACAGAAGACUAUUUGUUGCAUUUAUUUUUUGUAGGUAAUUUUUGUGAAAUAUAUAGGUAUAUAAUAUCGAUUGUU